AGCUGCAGCCCAUCCUCCGCGCGAGCCGCAUUAGUGGCGGCGCCUCAGAGUGUCAGGCGGCGCCAUUGGGCAGCGAGCGCGUCCCAUUCUUUCUCUCUCGCCCCCUCCCUCCACCUCCUUUCCUCAGCCGGCCCCCGUGGCUGGAUGCGGCUGAACCCGGGGCUCCCAGCCGUCUUCUCCCGCUCCCGCUCCGCCCUCACUUGCCCCGCUGCGUGGUCCACACGGAGCCCCCUCUUCAGGAGCCGGGCAAGGCGCCACGAUGUUUGACAAGACGCGGCUCCCUUAUGUGGCGCUGGAUGUGAUAUGCGUGAUAGUCGUUGGCUUACCCCUUGCUGUUCUAAACUUGGCAAAAAUAAAGCCGUAUCAGAGGGGCUUUUUCUGUAAUGAUGACAGCAUCAAGUAUCCGUUCCAUGGCAGUACCAUCUCAUCCUCUGUCCUCUACGCAGUGGGCUUCAGUGUGCCCAUGUUCUCUAUGAUCAUAGGAGAGGCUCUUUCUGUGUAUUACAACCGUUUGCACUCCAAUUCAUUUGUGCGAAACAACUAUAUUGCAGCCGUUUACAAAUCCAUUGGGACAUUCAUCUUUGGUGCAGCGAUUAGCCAGUCUCUGACAGACAUUGCCAAGUAUUCUAUAGGUAGACUGAGACCUCACUUUCUGGACAUAUGUAAACCAGAUUGGCAGCGGAUCAACUGCAGUUUAGGUUACAUUGAAAACUUCAAAUGCCUUGGAGACAAAACAUUGGUUAAUGAGGGGAGACUGUCUUUUUACUCUGGACAUUCUUCAUUCUCCAUGUAUUGCCUGCUGUUUCUAGCACUUUAUCUUCAGGCCAGGAUGAAAGGAGACUGGGCAAGACUUCUGCGUCCCACAGUACAGUUUGGUCUCAUUGCAGCAUCCAUCUAUGUGGGUCUCUCCCGUAUUUCUGAUUACAAACACCACUGGAGUGAUGUACUGACUGGACUUCUCCAGGGAGCAUUGGUAGCUGUACUUAUCGCUGUAUAUGUAUCGGAUUUCUUCAAAGUGAGAGGUCGUACAUUUAAACAGAAGGAAGAGGAGGAUUCACACACAACUUUGCACGAGACGGCUACCAACGGAAAUCACUAUGACAGUAAUCAUCAGCCGUGAUUGAUUCAAGAGCUAUUCGCCUGUGGAAUCUCCCGCUUUCUAAAAGGAAAAUUCCACAAGUCUUUCUGGCCUAUGUAAAAAAAAUAAAUUAAAUGCCUUUUAAAGGGACUGCUGCUGCUACACCUCUUGGAUGCUCACUUUACGUGUAUAUAGUAACAAUUAUGUAUCUAAAAACUUCAAAUUUCUAUUGGUUCAAGCUUUGCUUUUAAAAACACAGUAUUCUGGCUAUUUUUUUAAUUAAAAUAAUGUGAUAAUACUUAUGUACAAACAGCAAUGGCUUAUGUAAUAUGCUUUGCUAGUAUGAGGCUCAUGGUGGAAUACAUACAAAUUAAGAACAUUAAGGUUUGUCUUGCUUGGGAAGAGGAAGGAAUGGUAGCCUUCACUGCAGAAUAGAAGAUGACAGUGCAAUUCACACUCCACAUCGGGUAAAACACUUCUUAUAGGUAAAGGCUUGCAGCAAACACAAUGUCUCUCUUGAUUUUGGUAAUGCCUGUUGUGGGUUAAAAGAAAUCUCAAGUCAUAAGGGCAGCUGUAACCAGGCACUGUUUGCCAAUGCUAGCAAAAUAGGGUGCAUUAAGAAUGCACACGUGUUUAACUGUGAGUAUCAAAUCUUUAAAGUCAUGUAAAGCCCCCGUUGCCAUGGUUCUAGUAGUCCUGCUCCUUUCCCGUUUUUUGUCCCCUCACCGCUCCUGAAUAGUGCAAGUAUAGCUCAUGCGGUGAAUCCCCCUGCUGAAAUUUGCAUGUGUUGCAGCCCUGCCUCCUCCCUCACAUGCCCUGAUUGGCCGGGCCAGCUCCAUCCCCUUUCCCCUCCACCCAGGGCCCACUUUCGUGCCACACUCUUUGGCCGAGAAGGGUUGUCCAUUAUCCAGCUGGUGGAGGGGCUGCCCUGCCUGUUUGGUGUGGAGGGAAUUAAUGGCUAUUAAAGCUCAAGCUUUGAACUUCUUCUGUUCAUCUACACUGCUCAAGCUUCAGUUUAAAAAAUGAACAAAAUUGGUCUGGCAGAUCUCAAGUAAUAAACCUUACACUACCAUAUUCUUAUAUAGAAUGCUUAUUUCCCCCCCGUUUCCAGCUCAAAAACUAGCUAUUUGGUGGGGCUGUGGAGACAUGAAGGGCCUCCCAGCGAUCUGUUCCAUGAAAAAAAUGGAUAGUAGCAGAUAAAAGGCACAUGGAGCCUAUAUUCAGAUCAAAACCGACAUUUGGGCUUGUGGCCAAGCAAUUUUAAAUUGCUUCUAAACAGGCUACAUUUUAAGAUCUAUAUAUUUAUAAGAUACUGUGCAUACAAACCUCCUGCAAAUUUGUUUUCCAGUUCUGUGUUUCCAAUGGCCUUUGCUGCUUGGCACAUCUGUCGAAGCAAUUCUUCUAGCCUCCUCAUGCAUCGAAUGAUGCUCCCUGCAUGGGUAAAACACAGCUUUGCAUUAAAGCAGUCAUUUUCUAAUGAGUAAUAAACUAAUUACUCCACAAACUAAUUAUUCAGCUACCUACUCAACCAGGACUGUGACCUCAACAGGGCUAUAGUUUUCUUCAAGGUCAUGCACAUUCCUGAUGUACAGCAGGGAAUCGCAAACUGUCCCCCAUUAAAGUGCAUUAUGAAGAAUUUU